CAAGCGCAGCGCGUCCGCUGCCUCGGUGUGACAGAACGGAGGCGAAGAUGGAGGAGAACCCCGCGAAAGACGCCGAGAUUGGCAAUGAAGCUGGAGGAGAGGAAGCCUUGGUUGGCAAUGUCAACAAGCUCACGGUGAGCCCGCCAGGCUACUCAGGUGCUCCAAGAAAAGGACAUCUGGUUUUUGAUGCUUGUUUCGAGAGUGGGAACCUCGGCCGCGUCGACUACAUCAGCGAAUUCGAGUUCGACCUCUUCAUUCGGCCCGACACCUGCAACCCUCGAUUCCGAGUCUGGUUCAACUUCACGGUGGAGAAUGUCCGUGAGACGCAGAGGGUCAUUUUCAACGUGGUCAACUUCUCCAAGACCAAGAGCCUCUACAGAGACGGCAUGUCUCCGGUGGUCAAGUCCACCAGCAGACCGAAAUGGCAGAGACUCCCCGCCAAGAACGUCUACUACUACCGCUGCCCGGACCACCGCCGCAACUACGUCAUGUCCUUCGCCUUCUGCUUCGACCGAGAGGACGACGUGUACCAGUUCGCCUACUGCUACCCUUACACCUACUCCCGGCUGCAGCACUAUCUGGCCGGCCUGGAGCGCAGGAACCUUCCCUACCUGCAGAGGGAGCAGCUGGGACUCAGCGUGCAACAACGCCAUCUGGACUUGUUGACCAUCACAAACCGUGACCUGCUGAGUCCAGAAAGAGAGAAGAAACUCGUGAUCCUCACAGCUCGUGUUCACCCUGGAGAGUCUCCUGCCUCUUUUGUCUGUCAAGGUUUGAUUGACUUCCUGGUGAGCCAGCAUCCUGUAGCUCAGAUCCUAAGAGAUUAUGUGAUCUUCAAAAUCGUCCCCAUGCUGAAUCCUGACGGUGUUUAUCUGGGCAACUACAGAUGUUCACUGAUGGGCUUCGACCUCAAUCGCCACUGGCAGGACCCCUCUCCGUGGGCCCACCCCACGCUGCACGCUGUCAAGCAGCUGAUCAUACAGAUGAGCCAAGACCCUAGCGUCAACUUGGAGUUCUACAUCGACGUCCACGCCCACUCCACCAUGCUGAACGGCUUCAUGUACGGCAACGUUUUCGAGGACGAGGAGCGCGUCCAAAGGCAGGCCGUCUUCCCCCGACUGCUGUGCAACAACGCCGCCGACUUCUCCUUCUCCAACACGUCCUUCAACCGCGACGUGGUGAAGGCCGGCACCGGCAGGCGUUUCCUGGGCGGUCUCCUUGACGACACGUCGUACUGCUACACCCUGGAGGUGUCCUUCUACAGCUACAUGACCCCCGCCAGCGCCGUGCCCGUGGCCUACACCGAGGAGACGUACAUGAAACUGGGCAUGAAUGUGGCUCGGACCUUCCUGGACUACUACAAGCUCAAUAACCUCCUCACAGACAACACGCCAAGUCAUAUCCGAAGCUGUGAGGCGCCAUCUCAGACAGGCAGAGAUGUAGCGGACAAAGAGAUGGAGAGGAGCCAGAAUGUCAAGCACUGAUGGACUGAACACCACGAGGAGCAUUAUCUUUUCUUUCAGAAACACAGAUUAUGCAGUACAAUUGCACAAUUUCCAUUUAGUCAUCAUUUACCACAACGUCAGUUUACAUUAUUGUAUAUUAAUGCAUGCCUUCCAUAAGUAAAUGCGUUAUUUUUUGUCAUAGUGUUGUUGUGGUAUUUAAAUAAUUGUAGCAUUCAUAUGGAAAAGUCAAUAAUUGUGUAGGUCUUGUAAAAUAAUGCAAAUAAUGCAAAUUGUUUGUUGUAUUGGGCAAAUCUAUUAAUUUAAAUUGUGCAAAGCACAUGUAUUUAUUGUUUUGGCAUGUAUCACUCCAAAAAUUAUUGUUAUCUCGUUAUUUCUGCAUUGUGGAUGCUAUUCACAUGUGUAUUUGUAUUAAUUAACCUCUUAAGGCCCAAGCUGUUUGUUUACAUGCUUUUUU